AUGUUGCGCACCCUACAACCGGCGGCUGUCGCUGCGGCGCUUGCGGCAGCUGGCGGCAGGCGUGCCGCCGCCGGCCGCGGAGGAGCAGCCCCAGCGCCGUACAGCACCAGCGCCGGCGCCCUGGACUGGCUGCGCAAGUUCACCAACUACGAGCAGAGCGGCGUGCCGCAGGCGGCGGGCACCAACACAGACGCCGGCUUCGAUCUGGCUCGCAUGCGGCGCCUGCUGGCAGACUUGGGCGACCCGCACCACGCCUGGCCCGCGGCGGCCCAUGUGGCGGGCACCAAGGGCAAGGGCUCCACCGUGGCGAUGCUGGGCAGCAUCCUGGCGGCGGCGGGGUACAAGGCAGGGGCGUACACAAGCCCCCACAUCCAGGCCUUGAACGAGCGCAUAGCGGUGGGCGGCCGCCCCAUCUCGGACGCAGAUCUGGAGGGCCUGCUGGCGAGGCACGGCGGCGCGGUGGAGGCGGCUCACCUGCGGGAGGGCGGCGCCCUCAGCGACUUUGAGAUAGUCACAGCGCUGGCCUACAAGCACUUCCAGGAGCAGCAGGCAGGCGGCGGGACGGGGCUUGCCGCGAGAGGGCCUUUAAUGCCGCCGGAUGCAUCUGUCAUCGCGGCGGUGGGCCACGACCACGCUGCGGCGCUGGGCGGCAGCAUAGAGAGCAUAGCAGCGGCCAAGGCGGGGAUCAUGCAGGCAGGGCGGCCGGUGGUGCUGGCAAGGCAGCCCGACGCUGCGGCAGAGGCUGUGCUGCUCCAGAGAGCUCAAGAGCUGGACUGCCCAGUCAUCCACGCGCCGCAAGAAGUGGAGUUUGCAGCGGCCAAGGCAGCAGCGGCCAGCAGCAGCAGCGGCAGCAGCGGCAGCAGCGACAGCUUGCUGCAGCUGUUACGGCAGCGGCGCCGGAUGGUGCUGCGCGGCCAGACGGCAGCGGCAUUUGUGGGGUCAGGGUCGCCAGUGGAGCUGGACGUGCGCCUGCGCCUGCUGGGCUCCCACCAGCUGGACAAUGCGGCGGCGGCAGUGGCGGCGGCGGCCUGCCUGCGGCGGCACGGCCUGGACCGCGUCGACCUGCGGUCCGUGGCGGCUGGGCUGGAGGCCGCGACGCUGCCUGGCAGGUUCCAGGUGUGCCAGUUUGCAGAGGAUGCCGAGGCGGCGGCAGAGGCGGCCGCGCGGGCUGCGCAGGGCGGCAGCAGCGGCGGUGACGGCGGCGGCGGCGAGGCGGGGCCCUGGGUGGUGCUGGAUGGAGCGCACACGCCCGAGUCGUCGGCGGCGCUGGCAAGCACGCUGCGGGAGGCCUUCCCCACCGCGCCGGUGGCUGUAGUCAUGGCAAUGGCCGAAGACAAGCAGCACAGGGAGUUCUGCUUGGCGCUGCGAGCGGUGGAGCCGUCAGUGGUGGUGUUCACAACGGUGGCCAUCGCCGGCGGCGCAGCGCGCGCAGCGGGCCCCGGCCAGCUGGCGGGCGCCUGGCAGGCAGCCGCCAUCCUGGGCGGCGGCCGGCGGCGCGGCGGGCCGCGCACCCGCGAGCUCAUCCAGGCCUCGCUGACGGCGGCAGUGGAGCGCGCUCGCAUGGAGCUGCGGGCGCAGCGCGGCGAGCGCGGCGUGGUGCUGGUGUGCGGCAGCCUGCACGCCGUGGGCGCGGCGCUGGCGCAGCUGCCGCUGGCCUGUUGA